AUGUUGAUCCUUGCCGUCCUCGCUAUUUUCACCGCCCACCUCGGCCUGGCGCUGGGCGGGACUGUAGUCACUAUCGAUGCCGGCAAAAGAUUUCAAACUUUGAAGCAGCGCCGAACGCUUGGUGUCUCUCAAGCGUUCGGCGCUGCUUCAAAGUUCAAAGCCCUUGACCCGACUCCGCGGCAAAAGGGCCUAGGUCUUCUCUUCAACACGACUACUGGCGCAGGCCUGUCCAUCAUUCGGAAUGGUAUUGGGUCCAGCAAGUGGUCAUGGGACUGCAUCGCGAAUACCAGCCCAGGUAGCCCGGACAAGCCACUGGAUUAUCACUGGGAUGGCGUUGAUUCUGGUCAGGUAUGGCUCAGCCAAGAGGCCAUGACCUAUGAGGUAGACACCAUUUAUGCCAAUGCUUGGUCCGCACCAGCGUAUAUGAAGUCAGCGGAGCAUUAUGGCCGCCUUUGCGGUACCCGCGGUGUGACUUGCGCGUCUGGUGACUGGCAACUUCGUUAUGCGCAGCUGAUCACACAGUAUCUCACCUACUACAAGGAGAUUGGCAUUCCUAUCACACACGUCGGCUUCCUCAAUGAGGGUGAUGGCUCGGAUUUCAUGCUGUCGGCUGCCGAGCAGGCCGCAGAUGUAAUCCCCAUUCUCCACAAGACGCUGGAAUCCAAAGGCUUUAGCAGUGUUAAGAUCACCUGCUGUGACAAUAUUGGCUGGAAGUCUCAGACGGUAUACACCCAGAAGCUGGCUGAGCUUGGGGCAGAUAAGUACCUAUCCGUCAUCACCUCGCACGCGUACUCCAGCGAUCCCAAGCAACCAAUGAACACCACCUUGCCGACAUGGAUGACAGAGGGCUCUGACCUUCGCAAUGCGUUCGGCACUGCGUGGUACAGCACCGGAGCUCUCAACGAAGGUUUCACAUGGGCAGUCAAGAUCGCCGAGGGGAUCGUUAAUGCCGACCUCUCGGCCUAUGUCUACUGGGAGGGACUGGAAGUCAACAACGCAAAGUCGGCCUCCCACUUGAUCGAGAGCGACGGUAGCAAAGUUACUCCUUCGAGCGCCCUCUGGGCUCUUGCCCAUUGGUCACACUACAUUCGCCCAGGGGCACAGAGACUUUAUACUUCAGACAACGCCCAGGAUACCAUUAUCGGAGCAUUCGAGAACGUUGACGAGAGCAUAGUUUUUGGUGCUCACCAAUGUCGGCAGCGUUUCCCAGGCUGUUGA